AUGUUGGAUGUGGAAGAAACAAGGAAUUUACUCGACGCCACGCCUCAACCAAGCAGUCAUGAUUUCUUCAAGCAUGAAAAUGGUACGUCUGCCUUUUUCCCGAAAGAAACCUUGAUGAAUGUUGUUUUUACUAACACUUUUGUUCUGAAAGAAUCCGUGGAUCUAUUGUUGAAGGAAAUGGAAGCCGAUGCAACUGCUGCAAGCAACAAGCUAGAAGCAAUCUCGGCCAAUGCUUCGCCUACAAAGCCUUUGAAUUUUCUAAAUGCUACAACCAAAUUCUCGACGGAUCCAAACUCGAGUUCGGACACUUGCACCAGUGAACACGAUCAACAACCAGCAAACACCAAGAUAGCUGAAGUAACCCAGUGGCGCUCGUCGUUGAGUCGAAAUUUCGACAUUGAAGACUCGUUCGAAGUGCAAAAUACCAUAGCCGUGGCUAUUAACAAUAACAAUAACAAUAUUAUCAACCCUAUUGACGACUUCCAGACCUCAAUGACCUCGACCGUGGAUUUGAAGCCAACCUACAUCAACUCCUCUCCUAGCAAGUCGAUUCUCAAAAAAUCUUCUAAACCGUCACCAAAGAAAGUGGCAUUCACGGCAACAAACCCACAAGUCCACCACUAUCCAGAAAACGCCAACCAUUUCUCGGAGCCUUUCGUGCCAGUAAAGGACGAUUUUGACCUGCAAACUCCCUUCAAUCACCAAUGGCCGCAACCAACAAGGCAAGACCCGGAAGACGAGAAUCUCAACUCAACCCCGCCUCCGCCUCCUCCACCUCAUACCAGCAAACCAACAUUUGCAGAACUACUCAGACACAACAAAAUCGUUGAUGAUGUCGACGAUGAUAUCGUCAAUGUUGUUAAUAAUGACGAUGAUGAUGAUGACCAAACGUUGGCCGACGACACAAGGAGGGGCAAACAUGAGAAUGAUGCCUUACUCUCCGAAAAAAAGGAAUUGCCUUCAUUAUCCAGGGACGAUGAACUAGAUACGAAAUUGGAAGAAUUAGAUGAAGCGAGAAAACGGAAAGUCUCAGACAGUAUUAACCUGUUGUCAUUGUCAUUGCAUACCACGGGCCAAGGGCUCGAAUCCCCCUUAAACACAUUACAGAAAUCCCCAGAUGUACAAUUGCGGUCCUCGGGCUCAUCUAAUUCAUCGCUCCAGUCUCUCAAAGACGACAGUCGCGGCUUGCACUCGGUGCCAGGAUCACCAACAAAAAUCAACAGAGGCUUGUCAGUUACAGACGGUAUCCGAGGCUUACCAGACUCUGUGGUUGAAUCGCUUCUUCCAAGGGACGAGUCUCGAGAAAAUUUCGCCAUCAACGACAAGAAAUCUCGCGAACUACAAGGCGGUGACGACCAAAUAGACCUGUUUGACAGAUCUUACAACAACACCGAGCAAUCAAUUUUAAAUCUCUUGAACAGCGCCUCGGGGUCGCAUUUGGCAUUUCGUGAGGAUGAAAAGGACAAUGUGCCCAUAAAGCAAGAACCUGGAGGAGAAGUAGAAUUUGAAGAACAAGAGCCUCAAGAAGAGGCAGAAGAUGAUAGUUGUCAAGUACAUGUAAAACGUGAACCCGAAUUGCAAAUUAAAGAAGAACCACUGAUGCGAAAGUCACCCACGUUCACUACCCAAGUUUUCAAAUCUGAGUCAAAUAUUUACAUCUCAGAAAGCGGACUCACUCCGCAGGAGGAAGUGGACCAUGAGCUUGCAAGGAGGGGAGUCACCGCAAGUGCACCGCGAGAGGAGUCGGAUGAGUCGAGGCAAGAAGAAUCGAAAAUGUCCAUAAGGUUCGAAACAGAUAGCGACUGGAAACUUGAAGACAGCAACGAUGGUGACCGCGAGGACAACGAUGAAGUAAGUCGCGUUCAAGAUAGAUCGACUUUUGCCAAUGACAUGGGUGGCGAUACUUACUCGGAGGAUGCAGGUGCCGUGCUUGGAACCACAGAUGUGCCGGUGGAGUUGCCAUUGGAUUCGGGGCAUGUUGUCGAUGCCGAUGCCGGCGCCGUUGCCGAUGCAAAAGACUUUGAAUCAAAAGGAGCAGAGGCAAGGGUGAAGCCCGAUGAAAACGUCUUGGCAAACUCGUCCAACAUUGCACACACAUUCAGUGAGGAUAUUACUUUGCCACCUGUCGAGAGAAAUGAUUACUCAGCAUUCGAGGAACUCACUAGAAACAUGGCAACGGAGGAGUCUAGUUAUGAAAGAUCAUUAUCUGCAGAACACGAUGUUGAGAAAAAUUCCCUUUUAAACUUCAUCAGCAUCUGGCACUCACAAGAGAAAGAAAAGAAACGACAAGUGCACAAGGUUCCCACAACACAGCUCAUUGCUGCACUCAAUAAUGAUGAAAAAUCGCCAAAGCUGGCAAUGUCCACUAAUCAAGUCAGAGUGCCCAAUGGACUCAAUACAAAGAAAUUCACCGAAGUCAACGUAUUGUCAAGAAGGAUUGUAAGUCCCGAUUUCGAUGACAUCAACGUGUCCCAGUUUUUACCGGAAUUGUCCAAGGACUCUGGAUUCGCCGAUAUGCAUUUUUCAACGUAUGGAAACUAUGGAGAGCCUAUAUCUUCAAUUACGAAAAAUGUUUUAUCCAGCCUCGACCGCGAUCCGCAUGUGAUUGAACCCCCCAAAGCAGAGUCCAAUUAUUAUACCGGGAGACGCGAUGAACCUAAAUUGGAUCGAGGAAGCACCCAUCUUGUAACUCCGGCAAUUUUCAAAUCUACUGCCACCACCGUCGCAAAGCCCUCGAGGUUCAGAGUGCCUACUUUUGAAAUCAAGAGAUCGAGCUCGACACUCUCACCGGGUAACAUGUACAAUGACAUCUUUGACGAUUUUGUGCCUACAAAAAGACCCACGAUUCGCUCAGAGGGCAUAAAGACGUUACCCAGCAUGGACAAGGACGACGUCAAGCGCAUUCUAAGUGCAAGGAAAGGAAUGACCCAUGACGAGUACAUGAACGCCAAACUUGUCGACCAAACGUACAAGAAGCAUUCAGUCGUCACCGAAGCCGAGGACAGUUAUGAUCGCAUCCAGCAGGCAGCCUCGAUCCACAAUGCCGAUAUGGAGUCAGCAAGGUCGCGUCAAACAUCAGCCGUUAACCGUGACAAGUUGUUGCCCAGACUUCACGAGGAUUUUUUGCUAGACGCGAGGGAUGAAUACGAGGAGCACCACCACCAGCACCACAAUUUGGUUUCGAGGCUGAGUUCAGGUGCAGCGCGGACACUGGCAAGAAACAGCCCCUUGCCUGAUCCGCACUUUGAUUCAAGCUACUCCUGCGACAUAGAUCGGGAGAAAUUGUCACCGCUGGAACAGCAAGAGUUACCAUGCCUUGUUGUCGAUGAGCCUGAACAAAACAAGAAAAUGGUUGAGCUGGAUGCUCGCACUCUGCCUGCUAGAACUCCGCUGCCACCAAAAAAGGGUUUGAUAAAGAUUGGUUCCCCCGUGAGAUUAAUCAAGAAAGAUGGGUCUAUAACAGGGAUCGAGUCACCAGUACGCAACCUGAGACCUCAGGAAGUUGACGCUACUAGAUUGAAUAAAGCAAAGCAACCUGUGGCCAAAAGUGAUAUCUCACAUUCUAAAAUCAGAGGUGGCAAGCCUCUUGGAAAUUCCGCAGAAGAUGCAGGUCCACUGAGUGCUUUUUCUGAUACACCACCACCGGCAACAGCAGCAGCACUAGCAGCACCACAACUGCAGCAGCAUCAUUCUUCUCUUCAUGCUCCUCUUGCCGAUGACGAAGAAGAGCCCGAUUUGACCUUGCAGGAGCGCGGAAAAGUGUUUUUCAGAGUUGUCGGUUUAAAAAACAUCAUGUUGCCCGAUUUGAAAACUCAAAAGGGCCAAUUUUCCAUUUCGUUGGACAACGGAAUGCAUUGCGUCAAGACUCCUGAUUACGAUUUGCUCAGUCCGCAAAUACCAAUUGGCAAGGAGUUUGAGCUCACGGUCAGCGAGACUUUGCAGUUUAUCCUAACCAUGAAAGCAACAUACACGAAACCAAAAGGCACCUUGGUUGAAGUGCGCGAAAGAAAAGUUGUCAAAUCAAAGAACCGGUUCAGUAGACUUUUUGGAUCCAAGGACAUCAUAACAACAACCAAAUUCGUGCCUAGUGAGGUUAGGGACAGCUGGGCAAAUAAACUCGCCAAUGAUGGCUCGUUUGCGAGAUGCUACGUCGACUUGGAACAAUUCGAAUCCCAGAUCACGGGAAGGCUCAGGAAAUUUGACUUGGAUUGCUUCAAUGAAUGGGAAACGACAAACGACAAGGUUCCUGUGAGGCGCAAGCCGUACAAGAUUGCGCUGUUGGAAGUUGAGAUGCUUUUCGUCCCCAGAAGCGACCCUAGAGAAAUCUUGCCCACGAGCAUAAGAUCGGCAUUUUCAACGUUGGAGGAGUUGAAGAAGGAGGCAGACGUGCUGUUUGAAGGAUUCUUGCAUCAAGAGGGCGGUGACUGUGACAUUUGGAAAAAGAGAUGGUUCGAGCUCCACGGAAUCUCGUUGGUUGCCCAUCUGGAGUUUAGUAGGAAAACUAGGGCCAAGAUCAAUUUAAGCAAAAUAGUCGAUGUCAUCUACGUUGACAAGGAGAACAUGGCUAUCUCAAAGCACAGAAACUUUAGCGAUGUCUUGUUGGUUGAGCACUCCUUCAAAAUCAAAUUUGCCAAUGGUGAAAUAAUCGAGUUUGGUGCACCAAACCAGAAGGAGAUGAAGAGGUGGGUGGAGAUUUUGGAAAAUAUAGUUUACAGGAACGGUUUUAGACGCCAAGCUUGGGUCAUGUUGAUGCUCAGGCAGCAGACUAUAUAG